CGCUGAGAUUGUUUUAUCGUCGCCAGGCGCCCGCGAAAUAUACAUCCCCCACCCGCUUUUUCGCACCUACCACCAUGUCGACGACGCAGACUCAGACCCAGGCGAACGCCAACGCUGCUGGCGCGAAACAAGGCAGCAAGCGCAACAGGCGCGGUGGCGCCUCGCGAAACAAGCAGAACAAGCAAGCUCCCUCCGAUGCUCCUGCGAAGGACGAACAGCCGGCGGAGGACAAUGCUCAGGCCACGAGUUCACCUGCCGCGGGCGCGGAGGAGCCUGACCAGGACGUACCGGUCUGCUUCAUCUGCGCGGAGCCAGUCAAGUACUACGCUGUGUCAGCGUGCAAUCAUCGGACGUGCCAUGUCUGCUCCCUGCGAUUGCGCGCGCUGUACAAGAGGACGGACUGUACGUUUUGCAAGGACCCCCAGCCAUCUGUGAUCUUCACGACCUCGCCGGAUGCCCCCUUCCUCGCGUUCAAGCCAGAAGACAUUCCGUACAAGGAUGCGAGGCUCGCGAUCAGCUGCGAGACGCAGGAGAUGCUGGAGGAGUCGCUUAUCCUGCUCCGCUUCAACUGCCCGGACGAUACCUGCGACUACAUCGGAAAGGGAUGGGCUGAUCUGAAGUUGCACGUUCGUGCGACCCAUGGGAAGCUUAUGUGUGAUCUGUGCAUCCGCUCAAAGAAGGUCUUCUCGCACGAACAUGUUCUCUAUCCGCCCAACGUACUCCCUCUUCACCUGCCGUCCAUGUACCACAAGAUCAAUCAGCGCGCGAUGCCGAAGGAGCAGAUUGAGGGCGGCGUGCAUCCCAUGUGCGAGUUCUGCCGCGAGUGCUUCUUCAGCGACGACGAGCUGUACCAACACAUGCGGCAAAACCACGAAGAGUGCUUCGUCUGCAAGCGCAACGAGAUCCAGCACCAAUACUUCAAAAACUAUGAAGCCUUGGAGAAGCACUUUAACGACGACCACUACCCUUGUCACCAGUCGGAAUGCCAAGCUCGCAAAUUCGUAGUCUUCGGGUCCGCCCUGGAUUUGCAAGCUCAUAUGGUCGACGAGCACGGCUCCACGAUGAGUGCCAGGGAUAUUAAAGAUGCGCGCAGAGUGACGACCGGCUUCGACUUCGAGGAAGUACCAGGAGCAGGCGGGCGACGGCGAGGUCAACGUGACGGCAACAGAGCCCGCGAACCUCCGCCACAACAGCAGCAGCCUGCAGCGGGGCCUUCGCGCCCCAAUCGCCGGCAAGGGUUCGGCGGUAGCCUCACAGCUGACGGCACCACUCCAAACAACACGCCAAACAACCCUACACCCACGCCAGUGCAGCGUCCUGCGACACCUCCGCGUACGGACAUAGAUCCGGCGACGUUGGCACGACACCAAGAGCUCAUGAACCGCAUCAACGCCUACGCCGCAAACCCCUCGCACGCCGUCCCCGCGGUCAAGUUUGCCAUCAGAAGCUACCGCGCCAACGAAUCCAGCGCGCGCGACCUCAUCUCCACCGUCUGGAAUGUGCUCGACAACCACCUCGAGCACACCGCGAGCAUCAUCAGCGGCUUCGUCGAUAUCCUCGACGACGAGGAGAAGCGGCAGGAUCUGCUCACCUCCUGGAAGGGCUUCGAGGUCGAGCAGAAGCGGCAGUUCCCUGAUUUGGUGCCGAGCGCGGUGGGCGAGGGAUACGCGGCUGUGUCGUCGGGGAGGGUGCUGAAUGCGAAGCAUUCGACGGCGGCGCAGGUCAAUUCGAGACAGGUGCUGGACCGCGUUGCGCAGGCGGCCAGUUCGUCGGGGCCGAGGGCGCCGCCGCCGAGGGGUGUUCAGCAGCGAUAUGUACCUGGAGCAGCGCCGCCACCGCGUCAAGUGCCGGGUUCUGCUCCUCGCCCUGCCGCUGAGAGCUUCCCUUCGCUGCAGCAGACCACCGGAGCUGGACCUUCCCGUGCUGGCAACAACGGCAUCCGCCCGACGCCCUGGUCCCCCUCUGCCGCUGGCAAGGUUCGUGCUCCCCCGACGGAGCAGGUACGCUCGGUCCCGGGCCCCGGCGCACACAUCCCUACCUCUCGGCGCGCCAACGGGAACGCUGGGCCGAAGCUCUCGAAAGAGGGAUUUCCCGAGCUCAAGGGCUCGGGUAGCGGGAAGGCGGCGAAACCGCCCGUGAGCGGGAAUCAGUCGCUGAAGAACAUCUUGGGUCAGACGAGUGCCCCGGCGGUGUCGGCGUGGAGCGCAGGAGGAGGCGAAGAUAGCACCCCUGGAAGUGGUACUGCGACGCCGGCUGUUGAGCCGGAGGAUGGUACGCAGGAGGAGGGAGGUGCGAGUGGUGGGGGUGGGAAGAAGAAGGGGAAGGGGAAGCAGAAGCAGACGCUCUUUAAGCUGGGGUCGUUCCCGACUUGAGCUCGAGCAGACCUCUUUCUUUUGCGCUCGUUGUAUCAUGUGUCACAUAGGUUACGCGCAACUCUUACGCAACCUCCGAACUCAGAGGCAAAAGUUCGUGCUCUUGAACAACAUACAUUUGAGG